AUGGGGCUCAAAGUGGCGCCCCAAAAAACUGAGGCCAUCUUUUUACACGAUGUCUCUCACGGGGCGCCACCAAGAGCCCACAUCAGUGUGGAGGACACCUCAAUAGAGGUGGGGGCCUGCCUGAAAUACCUGGGCCUCCACCUCGACAGCAAGUGGACCUUUCGGGAACACUUCCGCCGUAUAUCCCCCAAGGUGGAAAAGACAGCAAUGGCGUUGCAGCGCCUGCUGCCCAACCUUGAGGGACCUGGCGGGAGUGUCCGAAGACUGUACGCCGGAACAAUCCAUGCCAUGCUCCUGUACGGGGCCCCGGUGUGGGUGAAACGCCUGGAGGCCACCCGCGGCCCAAGAGACGCCACGAGGCAGUUGCAGAGGCGGGUGGCCAACAGGAUAUGCCGGGGCUACUCGGGCGGGCAUCAUAGUAACGGACAGAAUCCGGCGUGCAGUGAGGGUCCACUCCCGACGGGCGCUGAUCCAGAAAUGGAGGGACAGCCUCAAAGAUCCGAGGCUGCCAGGACAGCGCACCGUCGGGGCUAUACGACCCUGUCUGGAAAACCCUGGCUAGACAGGGUCAAGGGAGGGGUGUCCUUCCACACGACGCAGGUGCUCACCGGACAUGGUUGUUUCGCGAUUCAAAAAGAAAGUAUCGAAUAUAAAGAUACCGACAAAUGCGGCACUAGUCAAACAAAACUCAAAGUGACCGUAACACCUGCCGACGCUUAUCGUCGACAGAACAAUAACACAGACAUUCAUACAUCUGCAUGA